AUGUUGCAAUUAUUUAAUGUGUAUUUUACUCCAAGAUUUUUGCUUUUUCUUUUAAAAUUCGUUUUGUAUAGAGCAUUUAUAAACCAGUUUUCCAUCUCGACAGUAACAUGUGGAGGUGAGAUCACCAAAAAUGAAGGACUGCUCGUCAGCCCGAACUAUCCUCGCUUUUAUCCCGACCAGCAGACCUGCGUUUGGAGGAUAACUGUGGGAGACGGAUUCUUUAUAUCCGUUACGUUUGACUAUUUUCGUGUAUGUGGCUAUUUUCUGUAUUCGCCACACUGCUUGUCUGACUAUCUGGAAUUUCGCGACGGUCUAAACGACACAUCCCCCUUCUUGAGCAGACACUGCGGAAAUAGAAUACCCGGUGUCGUUAACUCUACGACUAAUCACUUAUAUGUGAAGUUUGUCAGUGAUUAUUCUGUGAAUUUGUAUGGAUUUUCGGCUUCCUUUGCUAGAA